ACUUAUGUUCAGUUUGAGAUUUUUAGAGCCUUCUCUUGCGUCGUGAAAGGGCCUUCAAUAUCCAGCUCGAACUUUUCAUUUGAUUUUCAGCUGUGGGAGUGUCUUGAGGAGAGGAAGCAGUUCAAUUUCAUAGAGAGAGACCAUGCAUCUCGACUUGAUUUGAUUGCUAAGGUACGUGGGCUAAAGGAGGCAGAAGAUUACAUUAGCAAGAUUCCAGCAUCCUUCAGGAAGGAAAUAGUCUACCGAACUCUGUUAUCUCACUAUGUUUCAGUCAGUGAUGUUAAGAAAGCUGAGAAGAUCUUCAACAAAAUGAGGGAUUGGGGAUUUCCCCUUUCAUCAUUUACUUGUGACCAAUUGCUUCUCCUCUACAGUAGGACUGCAAGGAACAAAAUUGUCAGUGUGCUGUCUCUAAUGGUGAGAGAAAAUGUCAAGCUAUCUCAACGCACUUAUAGUACUUUAAUAGAUGCCAAAGGCCGGUCGGGCAAUAGAGAAGGGAUGGAGAAAGUUGUCAUGACCAUGAAAGCCGAUGGAAUUGAACCCGACAGUGUCACAAAAUCUAUCUUAGCUAAACAUUAUGCCUUGUUUGGGUUAAAACCACCGGCAGGCUUGUAAAGUUUUGCUUCCCCUUUAUGCGAUGAUUGGAGGG